AUGGCCGAGGCCCUCGGCACCGCCAUUGGCGUGAUUGGCUUCAUCGGCCAGCUCUUCGACGGCUGCGUCAAGGCCUACGGCUACUUCACCACGGCGGCCAACCUCGACGGCGACAGCCAGCGCAUGCUGUGCAAGGUGCGCAUCGAGGAGAUGCGCCUGACCGUCUGGGGCCGCGAAUGGGGCGUCGCCGAGGGCAAGUUUGACGCGCACCUGAGCGAGCGCAACCCGCAGCUGAGGGCGCUGGCGACGCAGAUCCUGGAGCAGCUGCACGGCACCGUGACGGACUUUCGGAAGCUGCAGGACCGCUAUGGGCUGGUGGACGAGGAGGCGGAGAGGAAUGGCGAUGAUGACAAGAAGAGGGCCAAUGGAGCGUCAAAGAGGAGGACGAGUGCGAGUGCGGGUGCGGGCACAAAUGAGAGGAGCUGGAGGAGGGAGCUGGGGCUGAGGACAAAGUGGGUGAUUGGAGACAAGGAAAAGUUCAGCAACCUGCUCAAAGACCUCAAAGACUUCAACGACGGCCUCGAGCGCCUCUUCCCCCCCUCGCAGGUCCCCUCCUUUCAGCGCGCCUGGACUCACCAGCUGCUCGACCGCGCCCAGCGUGACCUCGCCGAGCUCUCGCUCCUCGAGAACGCCUCCUCGGGCAUCUACCCGCAGCUCACAAACUCCGCCACCCUCAAGAAGCUGCGCAUCAACCUCGACAGCAAGCCCCAGGCCUCCUUCAAGCCCACCUUUGCGCUCAAAGUCGGCCUCUCCUCGCUCGACAUCAGCCACGUCGUCGAAAGGGGCAACAGCAGCACUCGGCGCCGGUGCCAGGGCCAUCACGCCGCCGCGGGAGACGUCCUCAUCGAGUGGGUCGACUACGACCGCGAAGCCAUCGAGGAGCGCGUCGCGCAUGUGCGCCGGAUGGACGACCUGGCGCGCAUGAUGCACUCGGCGUCGGAAUGCCACCCGGACCUGCACAGCAUCGACUGCCUCGGCUACACAGACGACGCCGCCAACAGCCGCUACGGCCUCGUCUACACGGCGCCGGCCUCGUCGCACUCGACGCUCAAGACGCUCAUCUCCAGCCCGGACCUCAAGACGCCCGACCUCGACGAGCGCGUCCACCUCGCCCGAACCCUCGCCGUGGCCGUCUGGUCGCUGCACUCGCUCGACUGGCUGCACAAGUCGCUCUGCAGCUCCAACAUCCUCUUCUUCCCCUCGGCCUUUUCCACCUCGGCCAACUCGCCCACCGCCUCGGCCGCCCUCGUCCCGGACAUUUCGCACCCGUACCUCAGCGGCUUCGACGCCUCCCGCCCGGAGCUCGACACGGCGCUGUCCGUGGCGCCCAAGAACCCGUCCAUUGAGGAUCUGCACCGCCACCCGGGCUCCCUGCGCGGCAGCCCGCACAUCAAGUCGUUUGACAUUUACAGCUUCGGCCUGGUGCUCCUCGAGAUUGGGCUCUGGAAGGUGCUGCAGGCGUACUACAAGGCGCACUACUCGGCCGAGCGCUGGCGCGACAAAGUCGUGCUUGCCGUGCUGGUUCCCGCGCUGGGCAGCAAGGUCGGCAAGGUUUACAAGGAGGUUGUGGAAAUGUGUCUGCGGGUGGAUGAGGACAUGACGAGCAUUGAGGCUGGGGAGUUGAUGGAGGAGGUUGUGAGCAAGCUGGAGAGCAUACGGGUAUAACGCGAUUUAUAAUGACCGAUGAUGAUAAUGAUUCAGCAUAGCAUGAUACGCAAUGACGGGAUAGCAAAAGGCAUAUACAGCAUAUAGAAAGAGAUAGAAGAGCCGGGAUUGGUAUAGGAAAAGAAAAUGCUAAUGUUAUGACUCUUGCAGAUAGUAUUUUUCAUCCAUAGUAACAAGUCACAAAAUCAUGAACCUUUAUUUUUU